AUGAUGCGUCGUAACUCCGAUAUCGAGAUACGACUCCCCGAUGCAGGACCAAACCCCCUCUCACCUCUCUCCCCUGGCUCUGCUACUACCGAGCCUGACGUGGAAAUGAUAUCUGAGCCGGCACCGCCGCUGACUCUUCCGCCACACAUCGCAGCUCGUUUCUCCCACAAUAAGGUGCGCCGCUCCUCUGCUGCCUCAUCUCGACGAAGCUCGAUUUCCUCCCUACAUUCCCACCAUUCAAACGCUUCAUCCCAUGGCGCACCAAGUGCGGACCAUAUUGCUCAGCACCUCCGACGCACUUCCAUAAUCGAAAGCCGCAAGGCUAGGCUGGCUGAUCGUGCGCUUCACGCCGAGAAAGUGAGGCUUCGUGCUGCUUUGGCGAAAGCGGCAACCAGAAACCUGCAGAUUGAAGCGCGAGCUCUUGCGGCUCAGCAAGCCCGAGAGCGCCUUUUAGCGGAUAUCACGGCCAAGUGUGAAGACCAAGUCAAACGAGCCAAGAAGAAGGCCGAGGACCAGAGAGAGAAACAGGCCGCCGAGCACGCUCGUCUGCGACUGGAAAUGGCAGAAAAGUUCGCCGAAGCCGAGAAGCGUCGGGCACUCUACCAGCAAGCCCAACGGCGCCAACGCACCAGCAGCGUGCCACUCACAGUGGAAAAGAAGAUGACUCGAGAGGUCACCAAGUCUCUCACACAUGACGAGGCCGCUAGAAAAAUUCAACGCGUAUGGAGAACUCAUCAUGCACAGAAUAUCAUGCACGAGUUCCAGACUUUGAAUCUGUCGAUUGAAAGAGCGCGCACGAUGUCUUUUGAGGAUGUUGGAGAUCUUGUUGCUAACGAGGAAGUGCUCAAUACCAUGGCAAAGGUUCUUCGGCUUUGCGGCUUGCAAGAUCUGGAAGGCGGGGCCAUGGGUGAACGAGGUGCGGUGCGCACAUUCCUCAGCAGCUACCUCAUCGUCACUCAUUCGACUGAGGUCAUGACCGGCGACGGUGAACAGGAACAGGAUCUGAUUUCAAAAGCGCGUGAGCUCUUAGGGGCCUUUGACCAGGUCACUGCAUUGCUUUUAUCCGGUUGCUGCUCACCAACUGUGAUCACGACUGAUCUUCAGACUUUAAUUGAAUCUUACAAUGUGUUUUUUUCGGCGUUCCACGCAUGGAAAUCUCACGAUUCGACGGUAUUGAUCGAGAUCAUGCUUGCACAAUUUGUGGAGUUGGAAAUGAUUUGGCAGACAGUCAAAGGUGAUGUAGCUGGCGGGGUUGCCGAAGACUAUCGACAGGGUAUACGCCAGAAUCAAAUCCUUCUCCUGGCUCGGCUCAAGCGGCUCGCAGGAUCUGACCGCGCUAUGCAGAUGGUGCGAUCUUCUCUUCAAAAGGCCAAGAGAGAGAAGAAGCGCUCUUCCAAGCAAGUUAUCCCGCGUUCGGCUGAAGUGGCGCCAGCGUCAAAUGAUGCACUGACGGAGAGCGUCACAACUCCCAUCAGCGAGUCGUUCAACAACGUUGAUGCUGCAGUCUUUCAAGAACUGGAUAAGCAACGGGCUUCUCCGCAUGAACGAUUCACCAAAAUUCUCACUGCGCUCCCUGAGAAUCGGGUCUUGGUACAUGAGCUCCUUCUCAACAAGGAAUUCAAAAUCGAAGAGUCGUCAUAUACAGAACCUCGAAGACAAGUCAUGGAGCAUAUGUGUGAACAGAUGAGGCAAGAUGUUGAAGCGGGACAGGGCACAGCUUGGACUGUUGCGAUGGCCACUGUGAUCCAAGAUCGUCUUCUGCGCUCCCUUCGCCCCGGUAACUCACUUCACGUACUUAUUAGCGAAGUCCUGGACCCCAAACUGGUGGAGAGUCAGUGCAGAGCCGGCAUAUUCUCAUAUGAGAACUUCUUCGACUUUAUGAACAAUAUUUUGCCUCGACUGUGUGCUCCAUAUCGUGACCGUGUCGUCAUGGCAUUUUCUGGGGAUGUAUCUGGCGAUGCCAUUGACCGACUGGCAAGACUGAUGGGUAUCAUUGACCUGCUCUCACUGGAUCACACGAAUUUCAUGAUUCAGGUUGCAGCACCGCAGCUAAUACAAGAAGCGCCCGGGUACGAACAGCGGACAUUCGAUCGAGGUCUUAACGAUGGAUCUAUCAGUUUAGGAAAAACUCGAAGAUUUUGGCGAACUCACCGACAGAUUAUUGUUGAUGAGAUGAAGAAACGAGACCCUGAGAAUAUUCAUGGAGAGCCUCGUCCCCCAGCAGCACGGGUGUAUGCCCACGGUCUGAUAGACCUGGUGUUCAGCAAUGCCACAGUAUCUGAGGAUUUGAUCCCAGAAACCUUGGCACUAGAUCAUCAACGAUUGGAGCGCUUACACGCCCGAGCCUUCCAGAUAGUGGCGACAGCAUCCAUAUUACUGACGGCAAAGAAUUUGCUGAAGCGGGAUGCACGAUCUCAAUGGAAGCCAGAGGCUGAUCGAAUUCUCUCUCUGGAUUUCAACGAGAUUCGAGCAGAUCGUGUGCAGUCCAUCUUAGAAUCCACACAUCCCAUGCCACCCAGUGCCAGUGCUCAACUUAAUGUCACAGUCAAACGAGUAUUGGAUCCUGUUGCAACAGCCAGCACUGCAGCUACGUCUCAUAGUGCUUUAUACGUUGGAGAUAAUUGUUCCGAAAGAUCAAGCGAGUCUACAGGUGCACCAGCUCCGAGUUUCUCGGACCCCGUAGCUCGACUGAUCCUCUCACGAUUGCGGAGUCACGUCCUAUCUCGACUGAGCGCAUCUAGCGCCUCGGAGCGAGUACGAGCCACGACAACAGCGAGUCAGAGUCUGGCUGGGGCAGGUAUGCCAGAAUUCGUCAGUGAAGUGGGCCAGUUGGUAGACGAACUUGAGAAAAUACGUCAAGUGGAUUGGCUUUGCCACGGAACAGUCUAUGAGCAGCUGUAUUCCGAUUCAACCCAGUAA